AGGAAGGAGGAGAAGAGAAGAGGAGAGGAGACCGUGGCGUUUAUUUAAAUAAUAAUAAAACAAAAAUAAAACAUGCCCACAUCAACCAGGCUCGGGGUGAGACGUUUCUGAGAGGAGAGGGGGGGGGGGGGGGUGGUCUCCAAAAGAAGAAGAAGAAGAAGAAAAUUGAAUAAAAUUAACACAAGACAAAAACCCAUCGAGAGACAGCCGGGCUGUUUGCAGCUCCGUCCGGUGCGGCUGACGGACCGGGUUUUCGGGGCGCCGUGGGGUACAGUCCGGCCGAGAAUAAUCUACCAGGGACCCGGCAGGGCUGCUUUUCAGAGCAAACGGGAAGACUUGCCAGUCCGUGGAAGAGAUAUCAUCCUCGUCAUCCUCGUCAUCAUUGUUAUUAUUAUUGAGGGCAGGUUUAUAAACACACGGGACCCUGCCUUGCCUUUCACAUCCCGUUUGAGUUUGAGACAGCAGGAUAGAGAAAGUCUCAAAGUAACACACACCACGCAGCCUGGACCUUAACAGAAUAAAAAAGACAUUUUCAAAGUGUUUUGACACGGGGUGGGUGGGGUGGGGUGGGGGGACGGGUUGUUUGACUUGAGCAUGAUCUGGGCUUGAGUUUCGGGGUGGGCAGCUCAGAAAAGAAGAGACACCGAGGACGGGUCUGAAGAGGUGCGGCGAGGCGGGAGCUCGGGUUGACCCGGGACUGUCACGAUGGAGUCGGACGAGUUCGUGCCCCCGCCGGAGUGUCCGGUUUUUGAGCCGACCCGGGAGGAGUUCGCAGACCCGCUGGGGUACAUCGCCAAAAUCCGCCCCAUCGCAGAGAAAUCGGGGAUCUGCAAGAUCAGGCCCCCGGCGGACUGGCAGCCCCCCUUUGCAGUGGAUGUGGAUAACUUCAGGUUCACUCCCCGAAUUCAGAGGCUCAAUGAGCUGGAGGCUGAGACUCGUGUGAAGCUGAACUAUCUGGAUCGCAUCGCAAAGUUCUGGGAGAUCCAGGGGUCCUCUCUGAAGAUCCCCAAUAUUGAGAGACGCAUCCUGGACCUCUACAGCCUGGGCAAGAUAGUGAUGGAGGAGGGAGGCUACGACACUGUGUGUAAGGAGCGGCGCUGGGUGCGAGUGGCUCAGAGAUUGGGGUACCCCCCGGGCAAGAACAUCGGCUCCCUGCUGCGCUCCCACUACGAGAGGAUCGUGUACCCCUUCGAGAUGUUCCAGUCGGGGGGCAAUCUCACGUUCAAGCCUCGGCAGCUGUAUGACAGUGAAGACAAAGAUAAGGAGUACAAACCCCACAGCAUCCCCCUGCGGCAGUCUGUACCUCCCUCCAAAAUCAUCAGCCUGGGGCGCCGGGCCAACCGGGUGCAGCCUGACCCCGAGCCCACAGAGGAGGACAUUGAGAAGAAUCCUGAGCUGAAGAAGCUGCAGAUCUACGGAGCCGGGCCCAAGAUGAUGGGCCUGGGACUGGUGCCCCGAGACAAGGCCCUAAGGAAGAAAGAUGAUCUCCCCCAGACUCUGGUGGUGAAGGACAGUGUGGGGGUGAAGGAAGAGCCCCUCUCCCCUCCCGCGGGCGCUGACGAGGACCUGAAGCCCUCGGGGGACUCCUUGCAGCCCGACGUGAAGCCGGAGAGCCCCAGCCAGGAGGAGCCCUGCACCAAGAUGACCAUGCGACUGCGACGCAACCAGACCAACACACAGAUUGUGGACUCCUUCGUGUGUCGGAUGUGCGCUCGCGGGGAUGAAGAUGACAAGCUGCUUCUGUGUGAUGGUUGUGACGACAACUACCACACCUUCUGCCUCCUGCCCCCCCUCUCCGAGACCCCCAAGGGGGACUGGCGCUGCCCCAAGUGUGUGGCUGAGGAGUGCACCCGCCCCGCAGAGGCUUUUGGUUUCGAGCAGGCGACGCGGGAGUACACGCUGCAGAGCUUCGGAGAGAUGGCCGACGCCUUCAAGGCGGAUUACUUCAACAUGCCCGUCCACAUGGUCCCCACAGAGCUGGUGGAGAAGGAGUUCUGGCGGCUGGUCAGCAGCAUCGAGGAGGACGUGACGGUGGAGUAUGGAGCCGACAUCCACUCCAAGGACUUUGGCAGCGGAUGUGAGGAGGACCUUCCACAGGAGGGCCCUCCUCCUCCCGGGGGACCACCUCGCUUUGGAGGAGGGGCGGGACUGGAGGAGGGGCGGGACUGGAGGAGGAGGUCUGGAGAGCCUCGCUGUGAUUUGGUAACGCUAACUAUGAUUGCUGCUCUCUCUCUCUCGCUCACUCAGGAGUACGCCCACAGUGGCUGGAACCUCAACGUCAUGCCCGUGCUGGAGCAGUCCGUGCUGUGUCACAUCAACGCUGACAUCUCGGGCAUGAAGGUGCCCUGGCUCUACGUGGGCAUGGUCUUCUCAACCUUCUGCUGGCACAUCGAGGACCACUGGAGCUACUCCAUCAACUACCUGCACUGGGGGGAGCCCAAGACCUGGUACGGGGUCCCCUCGUCCUCCGCGGAGCGCCUGGAGGAGGUGAUGAAGAAGCUGACCCCCGAACUGUUCGAGAGCCAGCCAGACCUGCUGCACCAGCUCGUCACCAUCAUGAACCCCAACAUCCUGAUGGGGUACGGGGUGCCGGUGGUGCGUACCAAUCAGUGUGCGGGGGAGUUUGUGAUCACCUUCCCUAGGGCUUACCACAGUGGCUUCAACCAAGGGUACAACUUUGCAGAGGCAGUGAACUUCGCUGCCGCAGACUGGCUCCCGGCAGGACGCCGCUGCAUUGAGCAUUAUCGCCGCCUGCAUCGGUACUGCGUGUUCUCUCACGAGGAGCUCACCUGCAAGAUGGCGGCCUGCCCGGAGAGACUGGACCUCAACAUGGCCAUCGCGGUGCACAAGGAGAUGUUCAUCAUGGUGCAGGAGGAGAGGAAGCUGAGGAAAGCGCUGCUGGACAAGGGUAUCACGGAGGCGGAGCGCGAGGCAUUCGAGUUGCUCCCAGAUGACGAGCGGGUUUGUGACAAGUGCAAGACCACCUGCUUCCUGUCGGCGCUCGCCUGCUACAGCUGCCCCGAGAGGCUGGUCUGCCUGAAUCACAUGGACGAGCUGUGCGCCUGUCCCCCAGAGAGACACUACCUCAGGUAUCGAUACACGCUAGAUGAGUUGCCCACCAUGCUGCACAAGCUGAAGCUGAGAGCAGAGUCCUACGAUACCUGGGCAGGCAAGGUGAAGCAGGCCCUGGACAUGGAGGACGGGAGGAAGAGAGUGGUGGAGGAGCUGAGAGCCCUGUGCUCUGAAGCUGCUGAUAAGAAAUUUCCUGACAACGAGCUGCUGCACCGUCUCCGAGGAACGAUCUCCGAGGCAGAGCGCUGUGUGAGCGAGACUGCCGCCCUGCUGGGGAAGACACGCAGUCAGGCCGGUCUGCCCAAGAUGACGGUGGCCGAGUUGAAGACGUUCCUGGAUCAGAUGCUGGCGCUUCCCUGUGUCCUCUCCCAGAUCCCAGAGGUGCAGGCCGUGUUGUCUGUGGCAGAGAUGUACCAGCGCAGUGCUCAAGCUCUCCUGCAGGGGGCGACGCUGUCCCCUGCGGACCCCUCUCAGAUCCAGGCCCUGCUGGAGCAGGGGUCUGUCCUGGCUGUGGAGGCCCCCGAGCUGGAGCAGCUGAGGGGUCUGCUGGAGCAGGGGCGCUGGCUGGGGGAGGUGAAGCGGGCCCUGGCCUCGACGGGGUCGCUGGUCACCCUGGAGGUCAUGAGGUCGCUGAUGGAGGCGGGCUGCAGCGUGCCACAGAGCGCCGCCGUGGAGAAAGCCAUGGCCGAGCUGCAGGAGUUGCUGACCAUCGCGGAGAGCUGGGAGGAGAAGGCUGGCAUCUGCCUGGAGGCCAGGCAGAAGCACCCCCCUGCCACCUUGGAGGCCAUCAUUAAGGAGGCUCGGAACAUCCCAGUGCAGCUGCCCAACAUCCUGGCACUCAGUGAGGCCUUGAGCAAGGCACGGGCCUGGACCGCCGACCUGGAGGAGAUACAGAACGGAGAGCACUUUCCCUGCCUGGAUGAUCUGGAGGGGCUUGUUGCGAUCGGCAGGGACCUGCCUGUGCACAUGGAGGAGCUGCGGCACCUGGAGCUGCAGGUGGUGACCGCUCACUCCUGGAGAGAGAAGGCGAGCAAGACCUUCCUGAAGAGGAACUCCUGCUACAGCCUGCUGGAGGUGCUGUGCCCUUGUGCUGAUGCCAGCUCAGACAGUGUGAAGCGUUCCAAGUGGAGAAGGCGGGUGGGGAGAGGGAGAGGGAGAGGGAGAGGGAGAGAGAGGGAGAGAGGGGAGAGGGAUUGCUCCCUCCUGUAUAAAUCUGACAUAGAUAGCUUGGGUCUGUCUGCUCAGGAUCUCCGGGAUCCUGGAUCCAUCGUCUCUGCUUUCAAACAAGGCGAGCAGAAAGAGAAGGAAGGAAUCCGGCGACUGCAGGAGACCUGUCAAGCCCUGCCCCGUCUUUAGCGAGCAGAAAGAGAAGGAAGGAAUCGUCGGCGAGUUGGACAGGUUCGGGACGGGGCUGCUCCCCCUCCCUCCACCUCUGGCGGGACGUCUCGACGGGGGGGAGGUGGGGACCCGCAGCUGCCCCCACCACCCCCCUCCCCUGCCCCCCACUCCUGCGUGUGUGGGGCCCCCCCGCGGCCCCCCAUGCUCCGCUGCCAGCUCUGCAGAGACUUAUUCCACAGCGGUUGCGUUUCUUUUCCCAAACUCCUCCCCCAGACCUCCCCCAGCCCCGCCGCCUCCUCUCCUCCCAGUCCGGCGCUGUGCUGGUGGGACUGGGAUUCCAGGUUCCUGUGCCCGCUCUGCCAGCGCAGUCGGCGCCCCAGACUGGAGACCAUCCUGGCCCUGCUGGUGGCUCUGCAGCGUGUCCCUGUGCGCCUGCCGGAGGGAGAGGCACUGCAGUGCCUGACCGAGAGGGCUAUCAACUGGCAGAGCCGCGCUGCGGCCGCGCUGGCCUCCCCCGAGCUCCAGGGGGCGCUGGAGAAGCUGACGCAGCUGCAGGACAGGCUGGCCCGGCGGGACAAAGCCGGGACAGGCGGUCAUGGCAGUGCUGGGAAUGGACACGGUGAAGACAGGACAGAGAGAGGAGACGGGCACAGUGAGGACGACAGCAGGGAAGGGGGGAAGGAGGAGGCAGAAGAGAGAACGAAUACAGCCGCAGAAGAGAGGAGGGGAGAGUCCUCCCAAGAGAAUGGGCACUCGAGGACGGGGAAUGGCAGCUCUGGUGUGACAGAUAUUGAGCAGCUUCACGCUCUGCUGCCCCUGCUCGAAGGCCCGGUGAUCGAGCUCUCCCCCCAGGCUCGCUCGGAGCUAGAGGAGCUACAGACGGAAGGCGAUCUCCUGGAGGUGUCUUUGGAUCAGAGCCAGUCCAUCUGGAGAGUCCUGCAGGCAGCGCAGAGCCCCCCCCUGGACACGCUGACCACCAUCAUAGAGGCUCAGAGGCUGGAGAGUCGGCCCGGGGGGAGGGUUCGAGCGAAGGAAUCGGACAAGAGGAGGAAGAGGAAGUGUGAUCGAGGAGGAGGAGAGGGGCUCCUGCCAGUCUCGGGAGACGGGUUCGAGAACAAGAAAACGAGGGCAGGGAUGGCAGAGCCACGGCACAGCAGCAAUGGAGUGGGGAUCUUGUGAUGGACUCAGUGUGUUACUUUAUUACUGUUCUUAAAAAUUUUUUUUUUUUUUUUUUUCUGGCCA